AGCGGCGGCGGCGGCGGCGGCGGGUUUCAUGGGGCUCCUCAGGAUUAUGAUGCCGCCCAAGUUGCAGCUGCUGGCGGUGCUGGCCUUCGCCGUGGCGAUGCUCUUUCUGGAGAACCAGAUCCAGAAGCUGGAGGAGUCCCGCUCCAAGCUAGAAAGGGCUAUUGCAAGACAUGAAGUGCGUGAAAUCGAACAGAGGCAUACGAUGGAUGGUCCUCGGCCGGAUGCAGCUCUGGAUGAGGAGGAAGACAUGGUGAUCAUUUAUAACAGAGUCCCUAAAACUGCAAGCACUUCAUUUACCAACAUUGCCUAUGACCUCUGUGCAAAGAAUAAGUACCACGUCCUCCACAUUAACACCACCAAAAAUAAUCCAGUGAUGUCCCUGCAAGAUCAGGUGCGCUUUGUGAAGAACAUAACUUCCUGGAAAGAAAUGAAACCAGGGUUUUAUCAUGGACAUGUAUCUUACUUGGAUUUUGCAAAGUUUGGUGUUAAAAAGAAGCCAAUUUACAUUAAUGUCAUAAGAGAUCCCAUAGAAAGGCUGGUUUCUUACUAUUACUUCCUACGAUUUGGAGAUGAUUACAGACCAGGCUUACGGAGAAGGAAACAAGGAGACAAAAAGACUUUUGACGAAUGUGUGGCCGAGGGAGGCUCAGACUGUGCUCCAGAAAAACUCUGGCUUCAAAUCCCCUUCUUCUGUGGCCACAGCUCGGAAUGCUGGAAUGUGGGCAGCAGAUGGGCCAUGGAUCAAGCCAAAUAUAAUCUGAUUAACGAAUACUUUUUAGUGGGAGUCACUGAAGAGCUCGAAGACUUUAUCAUGCUACUGGAGGCAGCCCUGCCCCGUUUCUUCAGAGGGGCCACAGAACUCUAUCGGACAGUAGGAAAGAAAUCUCAUCUUAGGAAAACCACAGAGAAGAAGCUCCCCACCAAACAAACCAUUGCAAAGUUGCAACAGUCUGACAUCUGGAAAAUGGAGAAUGAGUUCUAUGAAUUUGCAUUGGAGCAAUUCCAGUUCAUCCGAGCCCAUGCUGUUCGGGAAAAAGAUGGGGACUUGUAUAUUCUUUCACAGAACUUUUUUUAUGAAAAAAUUUACCCCAAAUCGAACUAAGAACACCACGUUCCUACUAGAUCCAUGGAUUCAGAGUUUGACCACAUCUCCUCCUUGGUUCUCAGCUCCAAGAUCCAGAUUGCUGGCAAGCCUGUGAGAUGAUUGACUGUUGAGCUGAGAUUUGGGCUGUGAAGGACAUUGAGCAAUCAACAAGUGGACAACUCCUGGAAAUAUCAGUCUUCUGAGAAGCGUAAGCUUCAGGUCUUUCUUUCAGCCCAGGCUUUGGGUCGGGUUAAUAGCCUCUUGUCUAAAGAAAACUACACAUUUGUUUACCAAAAUUCACAUGCAGCACAGCUCUAGUUGAUGAUGAGAUUUCGGAGAAGCAUCCUCUCCUCUGUUUUUGAUUUUUAGAGCAGCUGUCUUUACCCAAGACAUCCAUAAAGAAGAAACCAUCUGUCUCCCUCAUCUUCCCAUGGAGAUUCGGGCUCUAUGGUCUUUGUUGAAUAGUGUUAACGACCGGUUGGCCUCUCCUACUUUGUUAUUGUGAAUACCGUCAACUUAGAAUGUCCAAUAAUGUUUGCUGAGAAAUGUGGUUGCUGCUGUUGGAUUCACCCAUAUUUAUAUAGGUUUUAAUAAAAAGAGAAUAUCCAGUUGUGAGUGUUAAGAAGGAACUAAACCCAAUAAUGUAAACAGAUAGAAAAAUCAAAGCAGUAUUUCUCCCCCCUACCCCCUACUUCCUUACCAACUGUGGUUUGGAAAAUCAUCAAAGAAAGAUGUUGUUUUAGUUCAGAUUUAACACAUUGAUAUUAAAAGUGACUUCAUUAUCUAUUCCUUCCAAAAUGAUUUGUAAUGGAUAUAUUGAUGAUUCCAUAUUAUAACUCCAUUGGUGAGCUGUGGUAUGGUUGGGAUUUUCCUACUACUUCUAUACUUUUACCUGUAGAAUAUUUUUACUAAGGUGCUUUUUAAUGUGUUUUAAAGCAUUGCAUUUACAAAGGACUCAAAUGCUGUAAAUAUUGCAUAUUUUAUGUAUUUGGACCAAAAGGCUAUAAGUAUCUAGUUUAAAGUGGUUUUGCACCAAUUUUGUUAUGUCGAGUGAAAUCACCACUCCAUCUACUGUUCUGUUUCUCAUUCGGGUCAACUAACGGCUGGACAUAACUGAAAUGUACUUCAACAAUUUUGAAUGUUAAUACAGAAAGCACCAGGCAGGCCAGGUGGAAGCAAAAGGUCAUAGUGGAAAAAGCCCUGGACUCGAGUCAGGAGACAUGAGUUAUGAUCCUGGCUCAAAAAUACUGGCUGAGUGACUAGAAGGCGAGUCACUUAGCUCUAGGGCCUCCAUUUUCUCAUCCAUAAAAUGUGGAUAAUAAUAUCUUCCCUACUUACCUCAUAGGGCUGUCAUAAGCAUCCAGCAAAAUUGGUGAGAGCGCUUUGGAACUGGUAAAGCAUUGUGAAACCAUAAGUCAUUAUAAAAGAUAUUUUUAAAAAACCAACAUUUGUACCAUGAAAUAUUUUACCAUUCAUCCUCCAUUGCAUGGGGGGAAAGAGGGAAAAGAUUCCACCUGUAAAUCGUUUGGAAAAAAUACACCAAACUCGAUCCUGAUUCAUGUUGGAUAGAAUUCUUCUUUCAGCGUCAUGUUUUGGCAGCUAUUUAAAUGUGAAAUCACCUGGUGAACUUAUAAACCUAUUAAGAUUCACAAACAGCUGUUUGGAUUCCGGAGGUACCCAGAAAUAUGAUUAGCUGAUUGUGGGAGAGGUAGGGGGAAUAGAACAAACUUUGUCACCCAGAAUGUGAAAGAUUUCCCAGUUUUCAUUGUACAGUCAUAAUCAAUGCAUAUUUUUCUAUUUACCAUUUCUAAAAUAUGUAUUGCUGAGUUUGACUUUCCUGUUCCCCUCUCGAUCUCCCCCCUGACUUAGAAAAGGAACCUUCUGAUAAAAUUUUAAGUAAACAUGGCCAAGGAAUGCCUCACUCCAUCAUAUGAAAGCAUUUUGAAUGUCGCCCUAAAGAAUAUUUUUACCUGUCAAAAAAAGGGCACUGGGAUCAGGACAAAACUUCUAAAGGUAUUUGAAGAAAAAUGCAAGAGGGAUAUUGAAAAGAAACACUUAAAAAAUCUGAAUCACAUCUGAAUGCUGAGAAGACCUUGCUGGGUACCUGGCGGUUUUUGACUAAUCUCAUCUUCCAUUUAUUUAUUGGAAUAAAUUGUUUAUUUGGUAA